CUGCUAGCAUGUCAUUAUUUUUUACCUAUAGCCAAAAAGGGGCUAGCUAUUGUCAAUUUCUUAGCAUUAACUGCUGAAAAUGACAAGAUUUUUGUUAUGAUCAUAGAUAUAUGCAUAAUAGAUAAAAUGACAAAAAGAUUCCUUUUUGUCAGAGAACCCAUUGUUAGCUAAAUCAUAAUGACACCGUCUCUCUUCAUUCUCUAGUUACUUUCUCCUAUUUCUCUCAAUUAGAAAACUAGUAUUGGCACUUGAACAUUACACAUUCACAACAUCCACACACUUUUUGAUAUCCCCCAAGAAAAAUUCACUGUGAAUGAUGAUGAGCCAGAAAAGCAGUCACAAAAAGUUGAGGAAUGGUUUCAUGUGUCACUCUCGAGCUUCAACUGCAGUGUGCAUGAGUACCCGAGAUCCUCGGUCUAUUGUUGUUGUGCCUAAGAGACAUGACAGAACAAUUUUUGUUGAUGAUGAUCAUACCAGGUUGAUCAACUAUGCCAACAAAUACUCCAAACUUGUUCAAUCUCGCAGCAGGUCCACUUCAUCUGACAGAGAAUCUGUCUCUAGAGUACCAAAGAUUAAGCAGAGGAACCUAGAUCAAGUUGAAGAAGAGAAUGAACCACCAAAGGAACUUCAGAAAACACCAACAGACAAUGUCUUCCAGGUAGUUGUGAUGCGAGUUGCUAUUCAUUGUCAAGGGUGUGCUGGUAAAGUGAAAAGGCAUCUGUCUAAGAUGGAAGGAGUGACAUCAUUCAAUAUAGAUGUAGAGUCGAAGAGGGUGACAGUAAUGGGUCACAUUUCUCCAGUUGUAGUCCUUGAGAGCAUUUCAAAGGUGAAAAGGGCAGAGUUCUGGAAUGGUUGAAGACUUAAAGCAAUCAAGAUCAAGAGUACCUUAAAUUAAAUGUGUAGCAGUGGAGAUGCAGAGAGCCAGAGUCAAAUUUUCAGAAACUUGUCUUUGUCUUCGGAUCUGAGAAUUACCUUCUAUAUAUGAUGGUGGACCUGGUGGUCCUCGUAGGUAGAAUCAAAUUAUAGAAUGAGACAAGUAGACUUAGAAUUACUACAAUUUGAAUUCAUAAUAUAGCACUUAGUUUCAAUAUAGCAGAUGAUUAGUAGACUUCAUUGUUAUCUCCAUUCCAUGCUUAUUAUGUUUUCAGAGUGGUUUUCAUGUUCAAAACAAACAUUUCUAGUCUGACUCAAUGAAUUAAGUUUUAAGUGAAAUUAAUUCAUUCAGC